AUGAAGCUGUCUAAAGAAGAUAAGAAAACUAUUCCUGUGUGGGUGAAAUUCUUCAAUGUACCAUUGGAAUAUUGGGAUAGGGAUGGUUUAAGUAGGAUAGCUAGUGCAGUGGGGGUUCCAUUGUUUAUGGAUCAACUUACAUCUUCAGGUAGCCGAAUUUCUUUUGCUAGAGUUUGUGUGGAUAUUCCAACAACCUCUGCUUUCCCUGACAGUUUUGCCCUCACUAGUGGGGAUGAUUCUGUUCCUAUUCAUGUGGAGUAUCAAGGUGUUCCCUCUCAAUGUCUACAUUGCCAAGUCUUUGGGCAUGAUACAAAGACUUGUCUUUCUGCUCAAGUGGAAAAACUUGUUGAGUUACAGAAGAAUACUGAGGAAAAGGUGGAAUCUGUUGGGGGCUGGAUGAAAGUAAGGGAUGAGGGUAAACGAAAAGUUGGUGACCACUCAUCUCCUAUCAAAAAUGUCCAUGUUGAUGAAACCAGUUCAUCUGCCACAAAGGGAAAUGAUAUGAUAGCUGCAUUCCAAUCUGAGGUUGUGGAAAUUGCAAAAAUCAUAAACCCAGCAGUAGAGGAUUUUAUUAGAAGCAUUGAGCAUGUGGAUAAAGUGGAAGUGAGAGCAAAUUCACCAGAAAUCCAGGGAAGUAAGGGAGAUAGUGGAACAAAUAUGGGUAGUGCAACCAAGAAUAGGUCUUCUGGCAGAACUUCAGGAGGCCAGAGGAUGAAAAAGAGGUAA